UGCAAAAUUUAUCGCUUAUUAACAAUAGUAAUGUUGGAACCGCGUGCUAGUUUGGAUUGUAUUGUGUCUGUGACCAAAUCGGACAGAUUGAACUGUUUAAUAUUAAAAUGCAGUGUAUGGAUGAAAUGGAGUGGUACGAAUAGUAUAACUGAAAGUUUACAGAAUGAGUGAGGAACGGGCAAGGGGCGGCCAGCGACCGCGCUAGACAUGCAGCGGUUGCGGACCACAUUCAAGCGGUCGCGCACACCAACUGGUAAUGAAAUGAAAACACAAAGUAGCCUUGAGGUACCAAAACAAAUUCGAUCAGCAUCCUUCGAUGAAAUUCAAGCCAAAAGGCUGCAAGAUGGAGGUCAAUCACCAGACCCAAAUUCUUUUUUACGCGUUCCAAUACAAUUCCCCGGAACACGUUCCAAGAGUGUUGACUCUGGAGGGAGCGAAGAAUCCGGAAAUUAUUUGGAGGUACCGCUACGCCGCUUUCAGCGGCGACGGUCGUCCAGUACUAGGGGUCCAAAUUGUGUCCAUUGUAUUUGUCUUGAGGAGUAUAAUAAACGAAAAUCAUUAGAAGAGCCAAUAGCAGACUCGUUAGACUAUCGUUCCUUCAGCAUAAGCGAUACAUCGUCGAGCGAACCAGAAGAAGAUCCCGUUUUGCCCGAAUGUUCCAUUACGGUUACACUAUCACCAAAUUUCCUUGCACCCCCCAUCCAAUCUCCUCCACCACUUCCAACAUCGCCGGUAAUAGAAUGCUUUCUUGCGGAAGACGAGCCCACGCCACCAACACCAGCGCGCAGAAAAUCAAUACAACGACAAGAGGCUUUCUUUGGAGAACCCACAGGAAACUCACUAGAAAACAUGUCCGAUGUUCCAUCGGAACCUAUUUCGGAUGGAACUUCCGAAGGCGCGCUAUCAGAAGGUGAUACCGCCACCAUUCCCGGUGUAGUAGUUCGUGAUAUUUACUUACAAGUACCUGAUUUGAAACGAGAUCGUGCCGCUUCAGUGGAUUCUUGUUUUUCGAAAGUAUCGCAAGGUAAAACGGAAGAAUUGCAACACUCGGGAGUUAGUUUAGAAGUUCCGGUUGGACCUAAUGUUGCGUUACGUUCGAGAUCGGUUGAUAUUGUGCUUCCUACGGACGAACAAGCUCGGUACAAGGCCUUGGCGAUGGCUGCACCGCCUAAUACUACUGUAGCCGAACCUAGAGGGUAUGUUUGAUGUCACGUUGUAGCAUGUUUAUCUGGCACCGGAUUACGUACCACAUGAAUGCUUUAUAUGUCGUACGCAUUUAUUCUACUAUUAUUUUACAACUGCAUGCAAUCGAGAGAAAA